AUGUCGUUCCUCUUCAAAAGUAAAUCGUCCAAGAAUGCGCCGGCCCAACCUCCUCCGCAAGGCCUGCCUUCAGCGAACCGCAAUAUACAUACCUCGGACGGUGCUUCCAAUGCCGUCAAACCUCCAUCGAUAGCACAGCCUGAUGCUAGAAAAGCACAAUCCCCACCGCCCAAUGCUGGCGCAAAUGGCUCUCUCAACUCGCUGACAGAAACGAAGCCUGCUCCCAUUCCUCCCCAGCAAAUGGCUCCUGCUACUGCAACCGCUGUCUCUGGGACUGCCCCAGCUGCACAGGCUCCAUUUGCUCGGAGGGACCGAGCAGGCUCAGAACUAGGUGCUCGUUCUCAACCGCAAAUGCGACCACCACAUGCAGAUCUCUAUCCUUGGUCGCAGAAACCAUUGGCCUUUCCAAACCCGCAAGCAAAUCCCUUUCCUCGAUACGGUGCCGCUGUCAACUCCAUUGCUUCUAAAGAGGGUGACAUAUAUUUGAUGGGAGGGCUGAUCAAUGGAGAAACUGUCCGAGGUGACUUAUGGAUGGUCGAAGCUGGAGCAAGUCAACUCUCAUGCUAUCCAAUCGCUACCGUUUCGGAAGGGCCAGGGCCUCGCGUCGGACAUGCCAGUUUAUUGGUAGGCAACGCGUUCAUUGUGUUCGGUGGUGAUACACAGCAGGAGGAUACUGAUGUCCUGGACGAUACCCUUUACUUGUUAAAUACGACGUCUCGACAAUGGUCGCGCGCUUCUCCUCCUGGCACGAGACCUGCUGGCAGAUACGGCCAUACUCUCAAUAUUCUGGGCUCAAAAAUUUAUAUAUUCGGGGGACAAGUCGAAGGUUCUUUCUACAAUGAUCUCAUUGCCUUCGACCUGAACGCGCUACAAAAUCCCUCGAACCAUUGGGAGUUUCUUAUUCCCAAUACCAGUGCACAGCCAAAUCCGAAUGUGCCACCAGCAAGGACAAACCAUACCAUGAUCAGCCACAAUGAUAUGCUAUAUCUUUUCGGUGGCACUGAUGGUCAACAAUGGUUCAACGAUGUCUGGACAUAUGACCCAAAAACGAACAAAUGGUCUCAACAAGACUGUAUAGGGUAUAUUCCCGCACCCAGAGAAGGCCACUCUGCUGCUCUGGUCAACGACGUCAUGUACAUCUUUGGUGGCAGAACUGAACAUGGAGACGAUCUGGGUGAUCUGGCCGCCUUCAGGAUCACUCUGAGAAGGUGGUACACCUUUCAGAAUAUGGGCCCUUCUCCUUCUCCACGAUCCGGCCAUAGUAUGACUGCUUUUGGCAAGCAAAUAGUCGUCCUCGCGGGCGAACCCAGCACCGCUCCACGGGAUACUGCCGAGUUGAGCAUGGCUUACGUCUUGGAUACGGCUAAGAUUCGAUAUCCUAACGACGCGCCUGCAAACCAGUCAAAAUCUCUUGAGAAGCCAUCCAGUCCCACUCAACAGCUCAACGAAGCGAGAAAUGUGGGUACAGUCGUCCAGCGCUCUAUGUCGAAGGAUGGACCAACCCCGAGAGGAGAAUCACCAAGAGAGGCCAUCAAUGGUGGACCUGUGCAAAGGCCUGACCCUCAGGCACAGCGAGCCCCAGGCCCAGCUUCUCGUGCUUCGAUGGGACCCGGCCCGGCAGGACCGACAGGAUUGACAGGACCUCCACCUCUUAACCAACCAUCAAAUCCACGAGCCAACGGCAUGGAGCCUGUCAAUGUGGUUCCGAGGGAGCUGUCUGGUCCUAGACGAGAAUUGCCGGCAGACAAUCAGACACCGUCAGAUUUGCCGGCACGAACAGACUCGACUCAAGCUGCCAGAGUCGCACGUGAACAAAGUCCUGGCUCUCAGGGACGAAGGACGCCACAGUCCGUGUCCAAGGCCAAGGCAAUGGAGGCCAAUGAAGCCGCACCUCUGGUCGGAGCAGCUGUUGCUCGACAGAGGUCGCACCGUUCUCAGCGUGCUCACGCCUCUCUGGACGGGCUAGACGACACAGCGAUCGUUCGGUCUUCAUCUGCUCGUCUACACGGCGACCAUCGACAUUCGAAGAGUUUCGCUGAUGAGCCCCAUUCUCCAAAUAUCACACCCCAUCACGAAGCGCUCAUGAAGGAACUUGAAACAAUGAAGAGCAAAAACGCCUGGUACGCUUCGGAGCUUGCUCUAGCCAGAAAGUCAGGCUACGCUGCCUCGUCGAGUCCUACAGUAGACGAACGUGCUACACUGAAUUUCGCCGACGACGAUCGACCACUGAUGGAAGCAUUUAUGACUAUGAGAAACGAAUUAAUGAAAAUGCAGCAAGCCAUGGAACAACAAUCAAAAUCCACCGGGCAGAGAAUAGCAGAGAUUGAACAUCAGCGCGAUGCCGCUGUGACCGAGGCAGCGUAUGCUCGAGCCAAGCUUGCAGCUCAUGGUGGCAGUCAAAGAAGCACUCCUCAACUCGACAGAAGUCACGACAACGAUGAGGCAGAUAGGUCGACUGAUAUUAGCAGGCGACUGGCAUUGUCUCUUGCUGCUGCUAACGAGCACAGAGCGAAAUUGGAGUCUGUUACGCACGAGUUAGAGGCUGAGCGACGAGCUAGAGCGGCAGCAGAAGAAGCUGCUGAAAUGGCUCAGCAGAGAUUUGACGAGCUCAGUAACAGCAGAAAUCCUGGCGAAAUUGAGGCACUCAAAGCUGAAUUACAUGACACACAGAGCUUUGCUCGAGCAGAAGCCGGCCGAAGAACGGAGGCUGAACAAAGUCUGCGAAUGCUGCAAGUUGAUCAUAAGGAACUCCAAGACAAACAUAGCACUGCUUCAACUCAGGCUGCAGAUCGCAUGUCGUCGCUAGCCUCGCUCGAGGCUGCAUUGGCUGCAUCAUCGGCAAAAGCGGCAACUCUCGAACGCCAACUCGAAGAAGAGCGAUCAGCUAGGGAUAGCAUCGAACAAAAGCUCAGUCACCUCCGAGCUGAACAUGAGACGAGAACACAAGAGCUCGAGAACACUACCAGACGACUGCGAGACGCAGAAGAGCUUGCGGACACGAAUGCGAAGGAAGCAAACACGCAUCGGGAGGCGCUGUUAGUCGGACUUUCCAAGAUCUCCCGACCUGACUCAGCUCUUACCCGCGACGUCAGCAAUGAUGAUCGAGUAGUCGCCUUACAAGAAGCCGCUGAGCAAGCUCGUAAGCUAGCGAAAGACAACGAAGAUGCUGCCGAAGCUGCUGCACAGAGGUUGAGAAGUGCUGAAGAACGUAUUGCUGGAUUGGAAGCAUACCAAGAACAAUCCAGUCGAGAAGGCCUAAGCAUCCGUCGUCAACUACAAGCUGCUCUGCGAGAUCUACAAUCGCAUCAAACAGACAACCGAGAUCUCCGCAUUCAGGUCGAAACUCAUCAGCGAAAUGCCAGUGCCAUCUCUGUGCAGCACAGAGCACUGAAGGAUCUCCUUGGUGAACGAGGUGUGGAUAUUUCGGCUGCACGACGUUCACCUGGUUUCGAUGGAGGGUCGCGCGAUGGUACGCCAGAUACAGCACGGUCUCGUGACCUCGAGCAGCAAUUGCUAGCUAGUCAACGGGCGCAUGACGAAACAAGGACCAUGUACGAAUCUCGGGCUGAGGAACAAGAGAAGACGUAUCGCGAAAAGCUUGAGCAGCUAGAGAACGAUUACCAGUCCUUGCUAACCUAUGUCAAGGGUACAGAAAAGAUGCUCAAAAAAAUGAAGGAAGAACUCAACAAGUACAAGACGGCCAACCAGCGUUUGUCCUCGGAACUUGACGCCAGUAGAGAUGGUAAGAGAAGCGUCAGCAGUAUGAACACUGAUGCCACAGAGUGGGCAAGCGAGCGAGAUGCAAUGCAAAAUGCUAUCAGCGAGAUCAAGGUCCAGAUGCAGUCACAGAUACAGACACUGGAGAGCAAUCUUCUUAGUGUGCAAGACGACCUCGAGACAGCGAGGUCUGAGCGUGACAAGCAGAAGUCCAGCUACGAAGAACUCUCACGAUCCAUUCAGAAGCGCGAAAAGGAUCUGAAUGACUUGAAGUCGGAGAACAGCAUGCUAGAGACUCGUGCUCUGGACGCUGAGCACAGGGUCACAAUGCUGUUGGAUCAGGUUGGCACCUCGGUCAACAAUUACCGUCGUCAGUCGCAGAUGCAGCCGAUUGCAGGUGUAAAUGGGUUAGCGAACAACAGGGCGUCUAGCUCGAUUGCCGGCCAUAACAGACCCACAAGCGCAGGAUCAGUUGCAGAUACAAAUUCCGAAGCCGGAGAUCAGGAUGACGGCCGUGGUUCUGUGGCACUUGAUAACCUCGCCUCAGAGCUCGAGACGCUGAAAGCUCAGUGGGAGAGCCAAAGUCGCAGCUAUAGAUUAAGCGAUCGAUUCGACUUCGAAAGAACUCCUACACGAGAGGCACAUGGUACUGGGAACAACACCAGUGGUGAUCUGAGCGAAAGCAUGGCCAGAUGGAGGAAUGAGCCUGAAGAAGACGAGCGGACACCAAGCGGCGGUGUUGAAAAGAUACCGGUCAAGGGACCUAAUACCUUGUCAAUGACUCCAGCUGAAGCUGCAGCGAAGGCAGCAAACAGCAACUCGAUCUAUGCAUAG